UCUUCUGAUCUUGUUCAUCGAGUACGUAAUCUCAUCAAAACUGCUCCUAAUGACUUAUCACCAUCAACAUCGCCAAAUCAUCAAACAUCAUCAAUGAUAUCGAAAUUAUGUGCUUCACCACCGAAACGUCUCAUGAAAAUGUUGAGUAGACGACAUGAAGAUUUAUCACAUAUCACGUCGUUUUGUGAUUGUACAAGUUUACAUUUUGGCAUGAAUUCCGAAUCUCAACAUGACUUAUUCAACAAUAAUACUGAUACAACAAUACUAAUGGAUAAAACAGAUCCACCCGAACUAAUAUCCGGUUGGGAAGGUCCAGCUAUAUUAAGACAUGGUUCAGUGAUACAAUUUGGUUGUUAUAAAUUUGUUUUCGGUCUAGUGAAUCAUUCUUUGCCUCCAUAUUCACCAUCACCACCUCCACCGUCAUCAGCGUCAGCAUUGAUGAUGACGACGACGUCGACCAAAUCGACAACAACAGUGACGACACCGCAUUCUUCCAUAGCAAUCUCGUAAAUAAAAAAAAACUGUUACUUUAACCUUGUCAGAGAUUGUGUAUCAUUUACAAAAGAUGCUUUUUUUUAACAUACAAAAAAUUUAUUGGGUCAUUAAAUUUUAACAUUAAAAUAUCAAAUCCAUUCCUAUAUAUAUAUAUAUCUAUAAAACCACUACUAC